CAGCACCCUCUCUGUAAAAUUAUCGAAUACUGCAGCAAGAAGUGAGUGUGUCUCCCUCUCUCUGUGUGUGUCACGAACAAGAAGAAAGCGCAGUUUGGGACUAGUAUUUCUAAAAACCUCUCCUCUGGCUGGUGACAGAAAUGGCAGCCAUUCGGAAGAAGCUGGUGAUUGUCGGGGAUGGAGCCUGCGGGAAAACAUGUCUUCUUAUUGUUUUCAGUAAAGACCAGUUUCCUGAAGUCUACGUCCCGACGGUGUUUGAGAACUACAUCGCUGAUAUUGAGGUUGAUGGAAAACAGGUGGAGUUGGCGCUGUGGGAUACUGCAGGCCAGGAGGACUACGACAGGCUGAGGCCUCUCUCCUACCCCGACACAGACGUCAUCCUCAUGUGCUUCUCCAUCGACAGCCCGGACAGUUUAGAAAAUAUCCCAGAGAAGUGGACGCCUGAGGUGAAGCACUUCUGUCCCAACGUUCCCAUCAUCCUCGUGGGGAACAAGAAGGAUCUGAGGAAUGAUGAGCACACACGGAGAGAGCUGGCCAAGAUGAAGCAGGAGCCGGUGAAAACAGAAGAAGGCCGAGAGAUGGCCGGCAGGAUCGGCGCUUUUGGCUACCUGGAGUGCUCUGCCAAGACCAAGGACGGUGUGCGGGAAGUGUUCGAGAUGGCCACCAGAGCGGCGCUGCAGGUCCGCAAGCGCAAGAAGAGAGGCCCCUGCACGCUGCUGUGAGCGGGCCAGACGCCAUAAAACCGCCUGACCAAUAGGAGAUAAAGAAAACACGGAAAGGACUGACCUUUUACCAAAUGGCAUCUUCGUACUGUAUCUCGCAUUUCACGAUAACAGUCAGGCAGAUGAAUCGAACGCAAACAAACCGAAUACAGGAAAUGAACUGUCUAUAACAGCUGUGUCUAGAAAUUGAUGUUUUAAGUUCCUGAUUGAUAUAUUUUCUUCUCCAAAAUCCGUCUUUACACAUCCCUAGUUUCCCUAGUUGUUUUUCUUUAUAUUUGUAACGAGGCAGUGAUAGAUGCACAUACUUGUAUGCAAUAUUGUUCUUAACAAGCUCGGGCGAGCACCGUUCUUCUUCUUAGGCCGUAUAAAGUCUUCAUGAGUGAGGUCUUGUCCGAACAGUCCAGACUGACCCGUUAGUACCAUUUCUGUUUGUCAUGGUAGUCAUAAUAGAGAAUGGAAGUUGAUAUCUUUUGACCAUAAGAGCGAGUGCCUUUUUAAGUUUUUACACCACCUCGACUCUACUCCUCGUGUUUGUCAGCUAGCUAACGUUUCAGCUGAGGGGCCCUCGGUUGUGCCGUUGCUCAUCUUACACAGGCUUGUCAUUGUGAAACCUGAGCAAAGCCAUAACUGAGGCUUUCAGUGCUGCAGACGACUCAUCGAGCACAACAAAUGGCUGCUUGUGCCAUUUUUGCUUGCAUGACACAUCAGCGUUCCCUCAACAUUAGCUACCAAGACACCACUAAUCUGUGCAGUGGACCAGGAUGGGCACCAGUAUGACACAACUAUGCACAAUGGCUGUCAGGACCAACAGGAAGAUGACACAGCUGAAACAGAAAUAAGGCCUGGCGAAACCCUCCCUCGUUUGUUUAUUGCGGGCGACUGACUUCAGCUCUCCUCCUGCUGCGACGCAAAUGAGCCGGUCACGCCCGCGUCGGAAUCCACGUGUUGGACGAGUCGGCCCAGUCGCAGAGAUCCCGUCUUGUUAGAGCUGUUAGCCUUUGCGUGUGGAUGUUUCCAGCCGGACGACAUUCCUCACGUGUACGAGAGGAGUUGUGUGUGAGGAGUUUGCCUGCCCCCACCCCCCCCCCCCACCCCCCCCCGGUGCCUUCUCUGUUCUGGUGUGCCUUUGGUUGUCCUCUCCCAGACCAGAUAGAUGAGCUAUGACUGACAAGGUCAAGAGUGACCUUUCUGACAUGCUUCACAAAGCUGGGCUUUGAAAUGCUUCAGAAUUUGGCUCCAUUACACAAAACAUGUCAUUAGUUUCCCAAUCUUUCAGCCCUCAUACCAUAAAUAUUAAGAUUUUAUCUAGAAAUGCAGUCUCAUCUUUAUUAUCUUGGCAGGUAAGUCUUGUUACACCAAUUUACGUCAAGCAGCUCUGCGUCAAUCAUGAAUCAUGGGAAGAUUACAACACUUGCAACAUUACAAAUUUCCUCAACAUCACUGGGGAAACAUCUGUCUGGAGCCACAAAGAUUGUAUUUGACAGUGUGCAGUUGUGUAUUACUUCCACAAAAAUCAAUCCAACUGUGGAAGAAAUCAGGUUUGUCAUUUUCUUAUCUUGAUCGACGUUUGUCUCGAUCUUCUUGGCGAGAAACAUUCAAUAUUUUAUGCCUCGAGUCAAAGAGCAACAUCUACGCCGAAUUGUUCUUGAAGCAGCUUGUGGAGACAUGUCAGAGACCGUCCACUGGUCCCGCUUCAGGCUCACAUGUCCUCUCCGAAUCCCCGAUGGUGAAUUCAACCUGAAAAUACAACUGGCUUGAUAACCAGUGCUCGAAAGCGCCAGCGAUUGUCCUCAGGCACAGACUCUGCACUGCAUUCCUUCUCUCUGCCUCCGUUGCUCAUUCAUGUCCUGUACAUGUCUCUUGGUUGCAUGUUGCUGUCUGUCUAGGAGGGUGGAUGCUGAAAUGUACGUGGAAAAAAAUAUUAUCUUUGAUGUUGCAUGCAGCCUUCUUAUAAUGCCAGUAAAGGAAGCAAACAUGCCAGCUGGCAGGAUCUGCAUCUAUUAUAUUGUAACAGCAAUGCAGCUGCAUAACCUCCACUGGCAAAGCACAUUAUGUUUUAACUGAGCGAUCCAGUGGAGAAGUUACAACUUAUAACACUAGUUAUAUUUUCAGCUUUACUGAGUUUUUUUUUUUCUUUUUGUAGGAGAGGAGGCAUUUACACACACAAGCACCAUAUUAAUGUUGUUACCUCAAAUCGUUAUAGGCGUGGAUGCUAUGUUUAAACUUUGUGUUAUUGUGGACAAGCACACUAACAAGGCAAGAGUGAAGAGAUUCAGAUCUUUACGACUUAAGGUUUUUAUCAAUGGAAACAUGGGCGUCUCGGUUGUGGCAAGAUGUUCACGGGUCUCGACAAGGUCAGCGACAAGGAAUGCUUGGGAAUCGGAGUCCGGCGGAGAUAACUGUCACAGCUGGAGGCAUCAUGAUGAAAACAUUCCCGUCUAAGUGUUGAACAUAUCACUAAGAGCAUGUACAAUGAUGCUGUUGAUGUGUAUGCAGAUAAUGCGUUAAAUCAAAAGUUGUCCUUAUGAUGUCGAUGCAUGCGUGAGAAAACCAUGGACACACACACACACACGCGUCUUUGGGAACAGCUUCUGCUCAAUGUUGUGUAACUUUUUUUUUUUUCUUUCUUUCUCUGGAAGUAUUUGAAAUGAUAAAGGAUCCAGAUUUAUAUACGAGCUCAUUGUAAUAAUGCUUUGUAAACAGAAAGUGUUGUAGUGAAUGUUUGAUCUGAAGUGAACAUGAACAUUGUUAAUAAACUAUUUUUGAGACAAGA